UCACCCUACGUCAGAACGACGUCACACAGGUUCAACCGCGCAAGUUGGUUGCAAAAGACAACCAGAAAAAUGUCGUGUUGUGCUGUGGGAUGCCAGAAUCGGAAAUCUGUAAACAAGGAUCUUAAGUUUUACAGAAUACCAGCAGCUAACAAUUCUUUUAAUGCCAACCGCAGACGUCGUUGGUUACAAGCCAUCAGAAGAGCCGAUUGGAACGAAGACCAUAUUAAAAAUGCCAGACUCUGCAGUUCACACUUCAUAUCAGGGUGAAAUAGACAAUGGCGAUACAAAACUUGAGAGAUUUAAGAGGAAAAGAAAAAGGGAAGAAACCACCCACAGACCACCAGAUGAUGUACAGCGGUCCAAAGAAGCUAGUGAUGAGGUUGCAUCAGAAUCUUCUGGAGCUUGCCUGUCCUCAGAUGACAGCAGAAUGGAGCCUGGUGCGGAUCCAUGCACUGAAGCCACAGUCCCAAAGGUUCUCCAUGAUGAUCUGAAACACAAGUACAGCCAACUUUCUGCAGAGUGUGUCAACCUGCGUUUGGAGAUCGACAAACUGAAAUCUGAGAAUGAGGAACUAAAGGCAACACUCACAAAUACACAAUUUUCCUUUAGCUCUAUCAAGAGUAAAGCAGUGCAGGUUCUGUUUUUUACAGGUCUGACCAGUGUCUUAUUUGAGUGGUUGAUUCACAAACUUAAAGACAGUGUAGAGGUUGUGCGUGGCUCUAUGAACCUGAAGGAUCAUCUAUUAAUCAUCCUAAUGAAACUAAGAUUAGGGCUCUGCAACAAGGAUAUUGCUUUCAGAUUUAAUGUCACAGAAAGUGACAUCUCAAACAUUUUGAGAAGUUGGCUCCCUGUUAUGUCUGCAACUUUAAAGCCUCUCAUAAAGUGGCCAAGCAAGCAUGCAGUAUUAAAGAAUAUGCCAAAAAUGUUUUAA